AUGAAGGAGCUCCGUUAUGCAAUGCUCCUGUCCAAAAUCAAGACUGCCUUAGAGAAAUUGCACCAGAACGAUCCCAAUUGCGAAGUCAGUGGAUCAAAGGACGAGAAUGGCAAAGAAAUAAGUGAUGAAUCUGAUAGGGAGAAGGAAGAUGAAGACGAUGCAGCCACUGAUGAUGCUGAUGCAGACGAUGAGAAUGAUGAUGAUGACGAUGCUGAUGAUGAUGACAAUCAGAAUGGGGAUGGCGAAACUUCACACACUCAACCUGAAGACUUAUCUCGAGCUCUCGUCCCCCAUGUCCAACCAAUGGACGAAACUCCUAUUAAGAGAGAAGAAGCAAUCUCUCGUGAGGACAAAAUGGAUACCUCACCAGUCUUCAUUAUCUCAGCGAGUGGUGGAAAAAUGGAAGCACCAUCUCAAGCGGAACAAAUGGACACCUCUCCAACAAAUAUUGAAGAAGAAUCUCCACUAGUUUCUCCACAUCAUGUCAUGAAUCUUAUGAGAGAAACUGUUCACACAGCUGAAAUAAUCCACCGAGAAUACCUGACACUUCGCCAAAGGGACACUCAAACCUUGGAGGACUUAUCUAAGAAGGUGGAUCACCUGACGGCAGCUCAAGCCAGUCUCAUCCUCCACCGCAAGAACAACCCCAACCACCACCACAAGCUCCACCCGAACAGCAAUCUAAUAUCCACCUGGUAA